UACGUUAUGAAUUUGGGAGGAACUUCAUAAUUGUCAAACAAUUUUCAAAGUGUUGUAAAUUUAUUUCAAUUAAACACGUGUUGGAUUUUAAGUAAUUAACGUAAAAAAUAAAUCAUGGGAAAGGGACGAAGGAAUAAGCCAAAAAAGAAUUUUGCCGAGAAACGUCGUGAAAAGAAAAAGAAUAAGGACGAUUGGGAUAAACAACCGCAGAGAUGUUAUGCGGAUAUAAUUCGAGAAAACGAGGAUUUCGAAAAUUAUUACAAAACACAAAAAAUUGUUCCCGAGGAAGAAUGGAGUGCAUUUAUGACAAUGAUGAGGGAAAAUCUUCCAGUUGCCUUUCGAAUUACAGGUUCAAAAUCAGAAGCAAAAGCACUAUUAGAAAUAAUAAAAGGUGAUUUCUUCGAGGAAAUAUUAAAUUUAAAAUUGGACGAACAAGAAGAAGAGGAAGCGGAGAAAGUGGAGAAAAUGAAACCGCAUUGCCUUCCCUUUUAUCCCGAGAGUUUAGCGUGGCAAUUGCAACUCACGAGGAAAGAUAUUCGACGAUCUGAAACUUAUUUCAGGUUACACAAUUUUUUAAUUGCUGAAACAAGUAGCGGUAGUAUCAGUCGACAGGAAGUCGUCAGUAUGAUACCGCCACUAGUUCUUGAUGUUAAACCAUCUCACAAGGUUUUAGAUAUGUGUGCGGCUCCUGGUUCAAAAACUGCUCAAUUGAUAGAAAUGAUUCACGCUGAUGAAAAAGAGACAGUUCCUGAGGGCUUUGUUAUAGCUAACGAUUUAGAUAACAAUAGAUGUUACAUGUUAGUUCAUCAAGCCAAACGAUUAAAUAGUCCAAAUAUUCUUAUCACUAAUCACGACUCUUCAGUAAUGCCAAAUUUUACAAUUACCAAUCCCGAUGGAUCGAAGGGAAUCUUGAAAUUUGACAGAAUUUUGGCUGACGUUCCCUGCAGUGGCGAUGGAACAAUGAGAAAAAAUCCUGAUAUCUGGUGCAAAUGGAGUCCGGCAAAUGGAAACAAUCUUCAUGGGAUACAGUACAGAAUAGCGAGGAGGGGAUUAGAAAUGUUGACAGUCGGAGGUAGAAUGGUGUAUUCAACAUGUUCCUUAAAUCCACUGGAAAACGAAGCCGUUCUUCAUAGGCUUUUAACAGAAACUGAAGAUUCUGUUCAAUUAAUUGAUUGUCGAGAUCUUGUUCCCGGAUUAAAAUGCAAUCCCGGUGUAUCCAAUUGGCAGCCGGCAUCGAAAAAUUUACAAUACUACAAAACAUGGGAAGAAGUUCCUGAGCAAUGGCAAACGCAAAUUCGACCAAAAAUGUUCCCUCCAAAACCUGAGGAUGUUGACAAAUAUCAUCUUGAACGAUGUAUGAGGAUAUUGCCUCACCAUCAAGAUACCGGCGGUUUCUUUGUCGCAGUUUUAGAAAAAGUGAAAGCACUGCCCUGGGAAAAUAAUACUGAAAAUGAUGCUGAAACUAAUGUUGAAAUGAAUACUGAAACUUUGAAUGAAUCUCUGGAAAAUUCGGAAAUCCAAGAAAGCAAAAGUGGUGAAGAGUCAAAGACUGUGGAAUUAAUUGAAACGAGAAACGAGGGCGAUCGAAAGAGGGCUUUGAACGAUGAUAAGAGACCAUGGGGUCCGCAGAGAAAAAAGAAAAGACUCCACGGUUAUCGGGAAGAUCCGUUUGUAUUUUUCAAAGACGACAGCGAAGACGUUUGGUCUUCAAUCAAAGAAUUUUACAAUAUUUCAAACGAUUUAGAUCCAAAGUGUUUACUAGUGAGAUGUAAUGAGGGUAAAAAGAAGAAUAUUUACUUCACAUCGGCUGCGAUUCGAGAUAUUAUUUUGUCGAAUGAGAAUAAAGUAAAAAUGAUUAAUACUGGAGUGAAAACAUUUGUUCGUUGUGACAAUAAAAAUAUGAAGUGCGCCUUUCGAUUAGCACAAGAGGGAAUGCAAAGUAUUCUUCACUUUGUUGGCGAUCUGAGGAAAAUUCAAAUUUUAAAGGAAGAUCUCAUUAUGUUAUUGCAAAAUGACGAUCAUCAUACACCGCCGGAAAUUGUCAAACUUAGUGAAAAAACUCAGGAGCGCGUCAAGGACUUUGCGACAGGAAGUUGUAUAUUAUUGUACAGAGAGGAAGAAUCAGAAAAUCCGUAUCCUUUGAAUUUGGAAAUGGUUGGAUGGAGAGGAACAAUGUCCUUGAGAGCUUAUGUUCCUAUUCACGAUGCUGUUCAUUUUUUGAGACUUUUAGGAGCCGAUUGCUCUAAAUUUGAGAAAAACAAAUUUGAAGCUAAUAGACAGCAGGCAACGAAAGUGGACGCUGAUGAAGAUGAUAUUGGAAAUGCAGUGAAAGAUGACAAGGUCGAAAAUGGUUCGACAAAAUCAGAUGACGAGAAUAAUAAAGAUUCAGAAGAAAAUAAUGUAACUACAUAAUAUUGACUUUAAAGAAACUGCGUUUCUCUCUAUUUCAGGUACUGUUUCUUUCUUUUAAUAAAUUCUUUUCAAUUUUGUUUUUUAAUACUACAAAUGAUGAAAUAAACAAGAAAAUUACAUAAUUUUUAAUUAUUA